CAAAAGGCAAAAUCAAAAUGGUAGGUGGAUUCAACUGUGGAGGAUCAUCAUCAGCAGCAGCCAUUGCUGAAGCUCUUAAGGUCAAUGUGUAUGGCGAGGGCAUGGACACGCUCGUGUUGGCGCACGGGUUCGGCUUGGAUCAAAGCGCUUGGCGCUACAUGAUUCCUUACCUUGCUUGCUUCUUCAAAGUGGUGGUUUUUGACUUGGUUUUCUCCCCAAAUGUGAAGCCUGAGGUUUAUGAUGAGAGGAAGUACUCAAGUUUUGAGGGAUAUGCCAAAGAUUUGGUGUGUGUUCUUGACCAUCUCCAUGUUGAAAGAAGCAUUUAUGUUGGACAUUCAAUGUCUGCUAUGAUUGGAUGUGUUGCUGCAACCUAUAGGCCUCAACUCUUUCAACAUCUUAUCUUGUUGAAUGCCUCCCCAAGGUAUCUCAACGGUGAAGGAUACAAUGGAGGCUUUGAAAGGCCAGUAGUUGAUGCCAUCUUCAACCAAAUGGAUAAAAACUUCACAAAUUGGGUAAAAAACUUUGCUCCAUUUGCAGUUUCCAUAAACGAUCCCAAAACAAUAGCAGAGCUUGAGCAUUCCUUGGGAAGAAUGAAGCCUGAGAUUGCCCUUAGUGUUGCAAAAAUGGUGUUUUUAAGUGACUUAAGACAGCUUCUACCAAAAGUAAAGACUCCCACCACCAUUAUUCCUACAAGAAAAGACAACAUUGUCCCAAAAUUUGUUGCAUUUUACAUAAAAUCAAAGGUGGGUUGCCAUGCAAAAGUGAAGAUUUUGAAUUCUGAUGGCCACUUCCCACAGCUAACAGCUUAUCCUCAGCUUUUGAAAGUUUUGGCUCAAGUUCUUCACCUCCAACAUAAGAAUUCUACUGCUUGACCACUUGAAAUGAAGAUCAUAAGCUUGUUAUCCGUCGUGGUAGCUGAUCGAACAAGGUAUCUCCGUGGAGAAUUUAGUCGAACUUUUCAAAUUAUUGUGUGUAGUGAUUAGCGUUUUCGAGUGAAACGCUCAAAUGAAGAA